CAGAGAGCGCAAGCCAUGUUUAAUACACUGAACCUUAGCAUCUUCGACAUUGUGCAGGGUGGGAGAAAUUCAAGAGACAAUGAAAUUCACAACCAAGAAAAAUAACUGACACAAGGAUUAAAGAAAUAAGAUUAGAUUUGACUUGCGCCUCAGGAAUGCUGGUUUGUGCUCCUCUUCAGCCUUGUUAUGGAUAUGUCUGCCUGAGUGCAGAUUGUGCACGGAAGUCUGAAAGUUCUUGGGGAUGUGAGCAUUCGCGAAGGAUGUACUAAGCUGAGCACUGCACGGCAGGAUUUUUCAAGGUUGGAGUGCAGCUGCUGUCUCUAGUCACUGAAAAGAGAACCUUGCGUACAAAGAGAACUGCCUCAGUUUCUCUCUCUCUCUCUCUCUCUCUCUUUCUAAUUAAACAGCGACACGCAGCAUCCUUCAGUCCCAGGAUUUGCAAUGGAAGACGUCCAAAGGAAAAAUAACAGAGCAGAAAAAAAUUGGGAAUUAUAAAAGUCAGGAGUAAUCAAGGAAAUCUAAAGCAGGAACAUAAAAAAAAGAAAAAAGUUGAUACCAGAAUAUAUCUCAGGCAAUUAAUUUCUUUAUUUUUUUGGUUUGUGUUGGGGUCUAAUCUGAAAAGAUUUGGUCGUGCAUUGCUUCGCUUCAGCCAGUCUGUGGAGUAUAAGGAUCACAAAUAGCAUUUCAAGGCCAUGGAUGUAGCAUCUUCUCCCUCCUGUUGGCUUACCAUGGUGAACUGUUCUGUUUUUAAGUGAUCCUGCAGUGAAAAUUCUGUUGUGUGCAGAGGUCUUGACAUAACAACUGAGAAUUGAAACAAAAAAGAACCCACAUUGGCUUUUGUGUUCAGAAGGCCUGGCAGAUUUAAAAGUCACACCUUGAGGAAAAGGCUUUAAGUAAAGAAAAAAAACAAACAAGAUGGCCAAAGGGGAAGAUUUCUUCUCCACGUGAGCCAUGACAGUAUGGUGUACUGUUUGAGUCGAGUCAUGCUGCACACAGCCGUUUCUUGCUGGCAGCCUUUGCUGGGGCUGGCCCUUGUGGCCAUUUUCGUGGGCUCCAGUCUGGCUUGCCCCUCCCGGUGUGAGUGCUCUGCCCAGAGCCGCUCUGUCAUCUGCCACCGCAAGCGCUACACUGCCAUCCCUGAUGGAAUCCCCAUUGAGACACGAAUCCUUGAUCUCAGCAAGAAUCGCAUCCAGGCUGUCAACCCUGAUGAAUUUGCUGCCUACCCACACGUAGAAGAACUGGACCUAAGUGGGAACAUCAUUGCCUACAUAGAGCCCGGGGCCUUCAACUCUCUCUACAGCCUCUACUCACUGAGCUUAAAGAGCAACCGCAUCAAGCUCCUCUCGCUAGGUGUCUUCUCUGGCCUUGCCAACCUGACCACACUGGAUAUCAGUGACAACAAAGUUGUCGUUCUGGUGGAUUUUAUGUUCCAGGACCUGCGCAACCUAAGGUCACUGGAGGUUGGUGACAAUGAGCUAGUUUACAUUUCUCAUCGGGCUUUUAUUGGACUAUUAUCACUGGAGAGCUUGACGCUGGAGCGCUGUAACUUGACGGUGGUGCCCACAGAUGCCCUAUCUCAUCUGCACAGCCUGGUGAUUUUACACAUGCGCUACCUCAGCAUAAGCAUCCUUCACCCCUAUUCCUUCAAGAAGCUAUUUCACCUCCGUCACCUUGAGAUCGACAACUGGCCAUCUCUUGAUUUAUUCCCAGCUAACUCCCUGCACAGCCUCAACCUAACCACACUUUCGGUGACCAACACCAACCUUUCCACUAUCCCCUACCAGGCACUUCGUCACCUGUCAUACCUCACGCAUCUUAACCUCUCCUACAACCGCAUCCGGAUGGUGGAGGGUGGCCUGCUUCAGGACCUGGUGCGAUUGCGAGAGCUGAGGUUGGCUGGAGCUCAAUUGGUGUCCAUAGAACCCUAUGCUUUCCAGGGUAUCCGCUGGCUCCGCUUGCUAAAUGUCUCCCACAACCGCCUCGAUACCCUGGAGAGGGGAGUGUUCCAUGCUCCUGAGGCCCUGGAGGUGCUGUUAAUUAAUGACAACCCACUGGUGUGUGAUUGCCGUCUCAUGUGGUUGCUGCAAAGGCGCCAUUCCGUUUCUUUUGGCAAUACCCAGCCAGAGUGCAGCACACCAGAGGGCAUCCAUGGACGACCCUUCAAGGAGUUCAAAGAGACCCUGCUAUCCUACUAUGUGACCUGCACCAAGCCGAAGAUACGAGAAAAUCGGACACAGAUGGUAUCAGUCGAGGAGGGACAGUCAGCUCGGUUGUACUGCAGUGCAGAGGGGACCCCACGACCCACCAUUUCCUGGGUCACACCACGUCGGCGACACCUGACCAAUAGGAGCCACGGCAGGGUUACUGUCCACAACAACGGCUCUUUGGAUAUCAAGGCAGCUGAAGUUCAGGAUGAUGGUGUGUAUAUGUGUAUGGCCUCUAACACAGCAGGCAAUGACACACUUAUGGUAUCACUGGCAGUGAAAAGUCUGGGCUCGCUGUAUGCCAACAGGACCCAGCAUUACACAGAUACGAGCAAUACCACUGCCAACGGUACCAACCUUCCCAAUGUGACCUUUGGCCUGGACCUAAAAACUAUCUUAGUUUCUACAGCCAUGGGCUGUUUCACAUUCCUAGGAGUGGUUCUGUUCUGCUUUCUGCUCCUGUUUGUGUGGAGUCGAGGAAAAGGCAAACAUAAAAACAAUAUUGAUAUUGAGUAUGUGCCACGCUCAAAGUCCAAUGGGACCUGCGCUGAGGAGGCAGAUCAAGGUGCUGGGCCACGGCGCUUUAACAUGAAAAUGAUUUAAGACAUUUAAUUCUAUAUCAGUGGGAAUUUACGCAGAUCUUUAUUUCCCAAAUGGGACCUGGAACAGGAAUCCUUCAAAUCAAUGCCAGGAAACUUAACAGCUCCAGAGAUUCCAUUCAAGUUUGGUUCAGCUUGGACUGCAGUGAAUUCACAAAGGGGAUAACAUGUGUCAAUAAUUAACAAUUUUCAUUUUCUAUGAAACCCUCUGGGUAAGCGAGGAUGUUCACCAACACUCCUGAAUUGUGUACAGAACAGAUUUGUAAAAUUCAAGUAUUACUCUUAGUUGCCGAGACUUGCAUAUGCUUUCUCACUGCAACCAACAGAUAAUCGGGAAUCUGUUCUCUCAUUCAUUCUCCUGCAUAUAUGUACGUAAUGCCCAGUUAUGUAUGUGUAUGUUAACAUGUAAAAUUACUUUAUUUUGUUUCAAAAUGCAAUGACCGCCAACAUUUACAUUUCCUAUGAUUUGAAGGAAACAUGACCAAGCCAUCGUCCCGCUUCUCAAACUGUUUGAGGCUGGAUGACAAAGGGCUUUAGUUGGUAUGAAAUGAUAACUGAAGAAAGUGUGUGCCGUUUGUCUACCCCAAGUAAUUAUCUGAAGAAUAUUAUAUUUAUUUAUAAUCUGGGAGAAAAAAAAGAAGAAAGAUUAUUUAUAAAAAAGGCCUUUAAAAUCAAACUCACUAAUACAAGGUGAACAUUUUCAAAUUGUUUAAAUACAUGCAUUUUUCUAUGAUUUUGCUGUAAGUAUACACCUUAAUUUCAAACAUACACACAUGUUUGGUUGUGCUCUUGUCCAUUACGUGACUCUAAUUUUGGUACAAAAUACAAAAUGUCGUCAUUUCCAAUCAUCAACAUUAAUAUUUUAUUUAUUUUUCCUUCCCUAGUAAGAAAAUCUGACUUUGUUGUGGUAGUUUCUCAUUUUGAUGUUGAAUCAUUUAGA